AUUCCUUCCUCAAGACUUUGACAGUUAUUUUAAAUAUAAAUUAAACCAGAAAAAACCACAAGAUUAAGCAAUCAAGGACCAUGGCAACCACCUGCAAGUAUCUUAUUUCCAUCAUCUUCAUUACUCUGCUCAUCACGGGAACCUAUGCUCAAUGUCCAUUGAACAGCCUUUUCAUUAUCACAAGAAUGACUGGUGCAAAAAUAGGAGGCAAAACUCAAUGGAGGGUUACUAUAGUUAACAAGUGCAACUGUCCAUUAAGCCAAAUAGUAUUGAAUUGUCAAGGGUUUCAAAGUACUAUGCCUGUUGACAAUACAAUUCUUCUUAAGAGGGGUGACAAUUGUCUCCUAUAUAAUGGUCAUGCCUUGAGUGGAAAUGAUGCUAAUCAAUUUGCAUAUGCUUGGGAUACACCCUUUAAUCUUUAUCCUGUAAGUGCUAUUACAGGUAGUCCUUGCAAAUAAGGUUGACUUAUAUUCAACCCAAAUUUUAAGACAGCUAAGUCUGUGAUGUAAUACAAUUUUAUAAGGGUUGAAUUAGAUUCAACUAAAAUUUUAAGAAUAAUUAAUAAAAGCAUCACUAUAUAUGAAUAAAAAGAAAAACAUCACUAUUUAUAUAUAUUAUUUAUUUGAGCUA